AUGACUGAUAAUAAUGUGAGUUUUUGGGGAUUUUUCAUGGAAAAUUUGAGGAAAAAUGAUGCAUUUUAAGCUGAAAUCUGAAAAUUUCGUUUCUGGUCAAAAACAGUGCCAAAAACAUGAUUUUUGGCCAGAAAUCUUUGAUUUCUAAAGGUUUCCCUAAGAGCUUCUAAGGUCUUUAAGCUUUCUAGAGCUCUAAGGUUCCUAAAGCCUCCAAAAUUCAAAUUUGGUCGAUUUUUGACCAAAACAGUGACAAAAACAUGAUUUUUGGCCAAAAAAGUGACAAAAACAUGAUUUUUGGCCAGAAAUCUUUGAUUUCGAAAUUUUCCUAAAAAGCUUCUAAGGUCUUUAAAGCCUUUAAAGGUUUCUUAAGGUUCCUAAAGCCUCCUAAAUCCGAAAUUUGAUCGAUUUUUGACCAAAAACAUACAGAAAACAUGAUUUUUGUCCGAAAAAGUGAAAAAAAACAUGACUUCUGGCCAGAAAUUCUUCUAAGGUCACCUAAAGCUCUUUAAGAUUUCCUAAGGUCUCUUAAAUCCCGUAAAGGUUCCUUAAACCGCUUCUAAGGUCUUUAAAGCCUUUAAACGUUUUUUAAGGUUCCUAAAGUCUCCAAAAUUCAAAUUUGGUCGAUUUUUGGCCAAAAACAUACCGAAAACAUGAUUUUUGUCUUUAAAAAAAUGAAAAAAACAUGAUUUUUGGCCAGAAAUUCCCAAUUUUCAUUAUUCUUACAAAAUUUUUAAUUCUGAAGUUUUCCUAAGAGCUUCUAAGAUCACCUAAAGCCCUUUAACCCUCCAAAAUUCAAAAUUAGUCAAUUUUUGGCCAAAAGCAUACAGAAAAUAUAAUUUUUGUACCAUUUUCAACCUUGAAUUACAGGAAUCCGCUCCAAAUGCUGAACAAGCCGCCGCCGCCGAACCAAAACCAAUAAAAGCGGAACGUGUAAAUGGUGUUGUCAAAUGGUUCAACGUCAAAAAUGGCUACGGUUUCAUCAAUCGAACCGACACCAACGACGAUAUUUUCGUCCAUCAAACCGCCAUUUCUCACAAUAAUCCCAAUAAAUAUUUGAGAAGUUUGGGCGACAAUGAAAAGGUGCUUUUUGAUAUUGUCGAAGGAUCGAAAGGAUUGGAAGCGGCUAAUGUGACUGGACCUGAUGGUGGACCGGUUCAAGGAUCGAAAGUGAGUGAUUUUUGGGGGUUUUCGGUGGAAAAUUGUGAAAAUUUGAUGAAAAUUGACCUAGAAUCAUUGAUUUUGAGCUGAAAAUCGUGAAAUUCAAUCAAUUUUGACCUAAUUUCAUGUUUCUUGGUUCAAAAUUUUGAAUUUUGGUUUUAAACAUUUUGAGCUUCUCAGUUUUAGCCAGGAUUUUUGAUUUUCAGAAAUUUUCAAAAUUGAUUUUAGGCUCUUUUUGAAGCCCUUGAAAUUCUCUACAAAAUGAGCCUAAAAUUAAUUUUCGAAAAAUUCAGAAUCUCUGGAUUCAGGCCGGAUUUUCAGCCAGAAUCUGGAAUUUUCAAAAAUUAAUUGUAGAUUCAUUUUGUAGAGAAUUUCAAGAGCUUCAAAAUGAACCCAAAAUUAAUUUUUGAAAAAUUCAGAUUCUCUCUGGAUUCAGGCCGGAUUUUCAGCCAGAAUCUGAAAUUUUCAAAAUUGAUUUUAGGCUCUUUUUGAAGCCCUUGAAAUUCUCUACAAAACGAACUAUAACUUGAUUUUUGGAAAAUUCAAAUUUUGGCUGAAAAUCCGGGCUGAAACCAGAAAGAAUCUGGAAUUUUUUGUGCAAAAAAUCCACGUGACAAAGCUUAAAAAUCUGAAAAUUUCACUGAAACUUUGAAAAUUCCAAAAUUUUCCAGUACGCCGCCGACCGAGAUGGCGAAAACCGUGGACGCGGAAGAGGUUUCCGCGGACGACGCCGCGGCGGAGCUCCACGUCACGAUUCCGGCUCAGCCCCGCAACAAGGUGAAGCGGAAGCCGGAGGUCCACGUCGCGGAGGUCGCGGCGGUGGACGCGGCGGAAGCCGCCCACAACAAGACGGCGGCGCUGAAGGCGGCCAACAACAAGAAGGUGGACGCGGAAGAGGUCGCGGAGGACGCGGACGCGGAGGACGUGGCCGCGGAGGUCGCGGUGGACGCGGAGGUCAACAACAAUCGGAAGCCUAA